AGAACAUAUAUGUUAGGUUGUGUGCUUUGUGAUCUUGACAUGGUGGACGCAUAUGAGAUGAAAGAAGUUAAAAUGUAAAUGUUAAUUACGAUUUUCUGCGUUAUUAGUAAUUUGUGAAGUUUCAAAGCAGUUUAUUGAAAUCUGUUAAUUCAGCCAGGGAUACUGCAUUCAAUAAACUCGUUUUUUAGUUAUGACAAACGUUAGUGUGGAUAAUUAGUGAUUUAAGUGAAUUGAUGGCAGACUAUUUUCAAUAAUAUAUGUGACUUGGUCAAGAUUUACAUGUUUUUAGUGACUAUAUACAAAAAUUGAAAUGGGGGGUAUUUCAAGAACUGUUUUAUUUAUUUCCAGCUGCAUAAUUUGCCUGAGUCAGAAUAUUGUUGAAGUAUGGUCCCUGAAAUGCAAAUGUGAUUUAUGCAAGGAUAAAAACUACACAUGUGAAACGGAUGGAUACUGCUACACCUCCACAUAUCUCAAGAACGGAGUCAUCCAUUUCAAUUACAGAUGCUACGACAAACCUAUGAUCCCCGAACUGUUCAUGUACGCUAAUAGAACAGAGCAAUAUUGCAAUGAAAGCAAAUACGACGUAGAAAAUAAUCCCGAGUAUUCCGCAAUAUCUACCGCUUGUUGUAAUAACAGAGACUUUUGUAACGACAUUACUGUACCGUUGACACACAGACAAGCGAAUCCAACUGGAAGUUAUUUAACCACCAUCGAAAUAGCUGCUUCGAUAGCGGUUCCAACGUUGAUAAUAUGUCUCAUCAUCGGCGCUGUAUAUUUCUAUCAUACAUCGACUCGCAGGCGUGGCAUGCACCACCAUUUGAGACAUGCUGACGACAGUAUCGAAGCCCCAGAUCACCCCAUUUUGAACAAGGGCGUCAGCUUGAAGCACAUGAUAGAGUUGACUACGAGCGGAAGUGGAUCCGGUCUUCCUUUGUUGGUUCAGAGAAGUAUAGCUCGCCAGAUUCAGUUGGUGGAAAUUAUAGGGCAAGGAAGAUUCGGCGAGGUAUGGAGAGGCCGUUGGAGGGGCGAAAAUGUUGCCGUGAAGAUUUUCAGUUCGAGAGAAGAGAGGUCGUGGUUCCGUGAAGCUGAAAUUUAUCAGACCGUCAUGCUUCGACAUGAUAAUAUUCUUGGAUUCAUUGCUGCAGAUAAUAAAGAUAAUGGCACUUGGACCCAGCUGUGGUUGAUAACGGAUUAUCAUGAGCACGGUUCCUUGUUUGAUUUCCUGGGAAGAAAUACUUUGGACACAAGUGGUAUGAUACACAUGGCGCUAUCUAUUGCUACAGGCCUAGCUCAUUUGCACAUGGACAUUAUGGGCACACAAGGAAAACCUGCCAUCGCCCACAGGGAUCUGAAGUCGAAGAACAUUCUGGUGAAGUCAAAUGGUACCUGUGCCAUUGGCGAUUUGGGGUUGGCCGUUCGUCAUGAUGUAACGACAGACACGGUUGACAUUCCAUUGAAUAAUCGCGUAGGAACGAAGAGAUACAUGGCCCCAGAAGUAUUGGAUGAAACGAUGAACAUCGACCAGUUCGAUUCCUUCAAGAGAGCCGACGUAUACGCAUUAGGUCUCAUUUUCUGGGAAAUUUCCAGACGAUGUAACGUCGGGGGUAUCUUCGACGAAUACCAGUUACCUUUUUAUGACGCAGUUCCUUCUGACCCCACAAUCGAAGAAAUGAGAAGGGUUGUUUGCGUGGACAAGCAAAGACCGAGCAUACCUAAUCGUUGGCAAAGCUGUGAGGCUCUUCACAUAAUGUCGAAGCUGAUGAAAGAAUGCUGGUAUCACAAUGCCACAGCCAGACUGACGGCUUUGAGGAUUAAAAAGACACUCUCUAACUUCAGAGCUUCUGAAGAACUAAAAAUGUAGGAUUAGGUUUAGAUGGGUUGUUGUGUUUGAAAAAAAUGAUGUGAAGUUCUUUUUUUACUUACAUAAAAUAUAUGUUUUGUACCCGGGUUAAUUUAUGUAGUGUUGAAGGAAAAGACUUAGUAUUAUAAUAUGUAUCCCAACCUUUUAGCUCAAUCAUACUGUUGGAUUGAUAAACCAAGGUACUUAAUGAAGAAAAUCGAUGUUUUUCAUCUUUGUCGAGUUGUUAGAUAACUAAAUUUAAAACUGUGGCAGUAUGCCAAUACUUUUACAGAACGACAUACUUCUAACUCGAUACUGAAUCUAUACAAUCCAAAACUGAGUGUUAUAACACUGGCUAGUAGACUGAUAAGUUGAUGCCAAUUUUAUAGAAAGGUUAUCUCAAACCUGGUGUUUUGUAGUUUUUAGACAGAUAAGGUUUUAUUAGAAAUUUUUUAGAAUGACUAGUUUUUAAAACCGAUUAGCCACUAAAAAAUUCUAUAAUAUUGAGCAACUGAAUGAAUUUUCUCAUUUGAAGGCGACAAAUAGUCAGAAACUUGAAGGCAAUUUAAGCCAGAACAAAGGGACUAUUAACACAGAUAAAGUCUAGCUACCUACAAUGAACUGUAAACGAAUGAGGCCAAUUAAUGCAACCAACCAUCUAGAGCACUGCGUCUUUUGCCUCAUCGCCUUUGAUAAUGUGUACCAUAGGAGUGGAUGAAACCUCAGACAUAAAAACAUGUUAUUAUUAUUAGGCUCGAUCCACACUAUGAUGCCGUUCUCGGUCCGAUCUCGCUCCGGUCUCGGUCCGAUCUCGCUCCGGUCUCGGUCCGAUCUCGCUCCGGUCUCGGUCCGUUCCCGGUCCGGUAAAGUAUUCUCAAACAGAGUAUUCUCAUUAUCGUAUCGCUCUGGUUCCGAUCCAGCAUUGCGCCGGUACCGGUUGGUCGAAAAAAAUAUUUGACAGGAGUGAAACUUGAGCGAGAUCGGACCUGUCAUGACUUGUAUCGACAGUGUGAAUACGUUUUUUUUUCAACUCCAGUCUUUUUUCGGUCUUGCAAGGAGACGUUACAUUUUUCUUCUAGUCAUGGCUAGUAAUAAAUAGUGGGAUUCUGAAAAAGGUAAGUACUUUAUUUGAGUUAUUUAUAACAUUUGAUCAUAAAUAAUAAACUUUUCUUCGUUGUCUAUCAAAUGACGAUAUAACGUGUGAUAUUCGCCUUCUUCUUUCCUCGAUAGUAAACUAAGAUGUAUCCACAUUCUUCUUCUUUUCAUUCUAUGUUGUAAUUUUUUUUCAUUUGUAUUCUGUUCUUCCAAACUAAUAGUUAUUAUCGCUAAUUCUUUGAUUGAAAAAUUAAAUGCCAUUUUUGGCGAGUACAAUUUAUCGAAUCAUUUCGAGAAACGUCCUAUGUCGACCAUGAAUCGAAACAGACUGAGUUUGGAACUAGUAGUGUAGACACAGCGAGAUUUGAUCGGACCGAGAUCGGACCGAGAACGGUUCAUAGUGUGGAUCGAGCCUUAUUUCUUUGUUUAAGUUUGCGGGUUUCGCAACAAUUCAUUCAGGCCAGUCGCAACUUGCCUAGUGUGCCCGUUCCAAUAAUUGAAAAUCGAUUCCAGCAGUUGUAUC